AGGUGACGAGACAGCGCACAGCCCCGGUCGUGCGUGCACGCUCGCUCGUUCGCUCGCACUGCGGUCGCGCCAUGCUCAUUUCUCCCGAGAGCCAGGGGUCGGCCGCGACGGUGGAGCCCGGUUUUGGAAGAAGAUAGAGCCUUUUUCUGUUUUUUUUUUGUUUUUUUUAGGCGAGCGCAGCUGAGCGCCUCUGUGAGUUGGCGGGAACAGCUGACGCUGGUCCAGGGGGGUCGAGAGACGGGGACGGGGACAGCGUGCAUCGGCGCUCUGUGUCUGAGGACCACCAUGCCGGUGAGACUAGGGGAACUCAGCAUCCUCACCAGCCCCAUCUCGCUGGUCCGCAUCUGGGCCCUGGUUUCCGGCUGCCUCACCUUGAGCCUGGGGGUGUACGCGGAGGAACGGGCGGACUUCCACACCUUCAAGGUCUUCUGCAUGGCCGCCUGGGGCCUGCACUUCUCCUUCACCCUGCUGAUCAUCCUGGUGGAGUUCAUCCAGUUCCAGAGCCUGGUGCCCGUCUCCUGGAAGAACCUGCCCGUCUCCUUGGCCGCGCUGGGCACGCUGGUCUACCUCAGCACCUCCCUGGCGUUCCCCUGGCUGCUGAUGAGAGAUAACCCGAACCCGAACCCCAAGGCCAUCGUGGCCACCGUCUUCUCCUGCCUGACCUUCCUGGCCUACGCCUCGGAGACCCACCUGAUCCGGGGCAAGAGCAGGGAGCAGAGGGGGUACAUGGCCAGCGCCCCGGGGCUGCUCAAGGUCUUCCAGGUGUUUGGGGGCUGCGUGAUGCUGCUCUUGGUCAGUCACCAGAACCCCGAUGGGCCUCCGGAGGGCUGGAAGUACUGGCUCCCGUUGACGAUCUACAUCUUCUGCUUCCUCAUGUCCCUGGGCACCGUGCUGGUCGUGAUCGGCGACUGCGCCAACCGCUGCCUCCUGCCCUUCGACCGCCUGCUGGCCGCGUUCAGCCAUCUUGGCGUCCUCCUCUACAUGGUCGUCACGGUGAUCAGCUUCACCAACAUCCUCACGAUCCAGGCCAGAGGAGAAAAAACGUUUGGAAUUGUGACCGGGAGCGUCGUCACCUGCCUCACUUUGAUAGCCUAUACCGUGGACCUGGCCUUCUCCAUCAAGCUUCUGUGUGACAGGUCUUAAAGGUCCUUUUGGAGAGAAGUUGUGGUACUCUUAACACUGAGAAUAACAUUUUGUUUUGCCUUGACAGAUGUUUUGAGGAACAUUUACAGAUGACAAUUGACUUGAAGCCUUAUAGUAGUUUUACUUAGGUGCAAAAAACCGAGGUGUGACAAAUUUAUUUGGUCGCGCAUUGGUUAUUGUCUCUGUGGCCACAUUUCUCGCACAAUCGUAUGAGAGUUAGAUUUCUAAGGUGUAUAUGUCAACGGACUCUUAGACACAUUUAUGGCUUUGUUGUGUAUGUGUAAGUGUGUGUGGGUGUGUUUUUAAAUCCUGCUGUCCUACAUGCGAUAUAGAAAUGCCCAUAUGCGCAGGGUAUUUGUUGUUUGUUUACAAAGAUCAUUUUUACUCAGAUAAAUACAUUUUAUUUUGAAAUUUCUCUUUUUACAUAGUGAUAGUGAAGUAAAUUGAUAUGAGUGCUGUUUGUUGAAGUAUUCUUUUGAUAAAACCAGGCCAUAUAUUUCAGCUGGUAAGCAACUGCUAUCAUUUGACAAUCAAAUAUUUUACACAUCAUAUUCAACUAAUGUACCAGAUCUUUUUGUAAUAUGCAUCUGAUUUGUUUUAAAUAUCUUGUGAACGCGAAACUCUUUUUAUGGCCCCAGUGUAUAUAUGGUCAUCCACUUCAUACGUUCAAGAAAAUUUUUGAUUCUAAAAGCAACAGGGCCAAAAACAAAGACAUUGUGUUAAUGGCAAAAGUAUAUAUAUAUAUAUAUAUAUAUAUGUGUGUGUGUGUGUGUGUGUGUGUGUGUUAUGCCAUAUAAUCCAUUUAUUUGGUGUACAGGGACGAAAGAAAAAUGAAUUGAACUGAUAAUGAGCGUGAAAUGAAGGGCGAGAUGAAACAGUUUCGUUGUUUGUGAAUGAGAUACAGAAGAACUGCGUAGGCGAAAAAAUAUUGCCUCUCCCUUGUCUUACAGGAAAUCCGUCACACACAAUUUAAGUGAGGGGGCGUGGUAUCAGAUGCCACUCCCCGUCCCAUGCAUUGUGCGUGAUGCAUGUCCUGUGAGGCAAGUGUGAGCAAUAUUUUCUCUCCUCCGUCACUUAUUUAAAUGAUGCGUCGGUUGAUAAAUGUGGACAUAAGAUGUUGGAUCACCAAUAGACUGGGGAAAAAAUCUACUUUCUCAACUCUUUUUAAUUUGUGAACGAUUAACGAUGGCAUAUAACUUCUACUUCUUAUGAAAUCCAUAUUGAAAUUAACUUUUUUUUUUAACUUUAGGAUCAGUAGGGGAGAGGGGCCGUAAAUGUAACGCAUGAUAAACGUAACACGGUCAGUAACUUGUACAACGCGGCUACCGUAGCCAUUUCAGGUGUGGAUGUGCAAUUAGUCCUCUACCACCUCCCAAAGGAACGGAGCAAUGCGAGAGCCCUUGCUGGAAAUAUUUUUUUUAAAACAGUUUUUCGGUGAGCAAAGCAAAAAAUCUGUUCAGGAAGUGAUUUUCUGGCGUAAGGCUUUAUUUUUAUUUACAAUAAAUCAAAUCGUACAUCAUUUAAACUGUACCUGUCCUUGGAAAGUGGUUUUUGGAGUUCUAGAACCGAUUGGUCGCCAGGUGUCCCCGUCUGUAUAAAUGUAAUUACAGUUGUUACAGUUCUGCA